AUGAAAUGGGAGAGACAUGAGGAAAAAACUAGUGAGAAAGCUGUGGAGGCAGAGGAAAAAACUAGUGAGAAAGCUGUGGAGGCAGAGGAAAAAACUAGUGAGAAAGCUGUGGAGGCAGAGGAAAAAACUAGUGAGAAAGCUGUGGAGGCAGAGGAAAAAACUAGUGAGAAAGCUGUGGAGGCAGAGGAAAAAACUAGUGAGAAAGCUGUGGAGGCAGAGGAAAAAACUAGUGAGAAAGCUGUGGAGGCAGAGGAAAAAACUAGUGAGAAAGCUGUGGAGGCAGAGGAAAAAACUAGUGAGAAAGCUGUGGAGGCAGAGGAAAAAACUAGUGAGAAAGCUGUGGAGGCAGAGGAAAAAACUAGUGAGAAAGCUGUGGAGGCAGAGGAAAAAACUAGUGAGAAAGCUGUGCAGGCAGAGGAAAAAACUAGUGAGAAAGCUGUGGAAGCAGAGGAAAAAACUAGUGAGACAGUUGUGGAGGCAGAGGAAAAAACUAGUGAGAAAGUUGUGGAGAGGAUGGAUGGGACCAAGGAAGCUACGAGGCCUAGGAUCAGACAUAGAUGCAAGGAGAAGACAAUGACGUCUGGCAAACCGACUCCUAAGAGGAGGGGCAGACCAAGGAGGAGUAUUGCUGAUGCUGCACCAAAGAAGAGUGAUUGCACACCACAUGCAUCUAAGGGAAGAGGGAAGAGGAAGUGUGAACCAUCACAGUGGGUGCAGACUCCUUUCACGAGGGGGAAGAAGCCUAAAACAAAGGCUUAG